GCCCCGAUCCUCGAAGACCUCCCUCUCGCAUACACGACGACGCGCUUCAACGGGUCGCUUUUGAAACCGAACGUUUUCCGCGAGCCCGCCGGCCCCGCCGUCGACAACGCCUGGAAAUCGCUCGGCGUCGACUAUCGAGCCGUCACGGUGCCCCCUGAAUUGGCGCUGCGUGCGGGAUUCCGUCCCGAUCAGGUGAAGAUCAAUCCGAACUACGGUGGGGGCUAUCCGGCGAACGUCGAGGGGCUGCACCAUCUACACUGCCUGAACUUGCUCCGGCAAGCGCUGUGGUAUAAUUUUGAUUAUUACAAUGCCAAGGGUGAGGGCGCCUUCAAGAAUGAGCCGUAUAUUUUGCAGAUGCAUGUCUCACAUUGUGUCGACAUCUUAAGACAGGAAUUGAUGUGUUCGGUUGAUAUCGGAGUGUUGGGCCAAGUUUGGAUCCACCCCGACGCCCCGGAGCCGUACGUAGACUUCAACACGCAGCAUAAAUGUCGGGAUUUCGAGGCGAUUAGACAAUGGGCAGAAGAGAGACAGAUGCCACCGGCUGAUCAGGUACCGGAUGACUUUCUGGACCCGCCACAUGUUGGAGAUCGGGUAUAUGAGGAAAUUCCUUGA